AUGAGUAUAGUUAACAUAGAGCCGUUGAUCCAUGGAGAAUUAAUAGCCACAAAAUUAACAAUUAAACUGGAAGAUACAGAAGGGAACUAUGACGAAGAUAACGUGUUGAAAGUGUUAUUGAAUUGUGGUUGGUCACUGGAAUUUGAUGAAGAAAAAUUGGAGUUGUAUAAUAGGAAAAUAGAAGAUGUUGACGUGAUACUGAUAACGGACGGAGAUUUCGCACACGCAGGAGCAGUGCCGUGGCUAGUGUCGAAGUUUGUAGCAGAUGGAAGACAGGAGCAGUUCCCGAGACUGCUGUGCACAGAAGGAACGUACAAGUUCAUGAGAGCAUGUUUCAUAGACGUGUUAGAAAACGUUAACUUCACGAAGGAGUUCGAGUACUACAGCGCAGAAGACCUGGAGUUUUUUAACGCGAACUGCGUGAAGCUGAGGUACAGAGAAACACACACGCACGUAAAAAAGAUGGAAAACGUGGAAAUGAAAGCUAGCUUCUGGGCAGUAAACAACGGAUACUCAAUAGGAGGGUCGCUGUGGUCAAUAUCGGUAGGGUUUAACACGAUCGUCUGCGGAGAAAAGAUAAGAAUAAACCCGAGCACGCUGCUAAACGGAACGAACAUAAAAGAGCUGGCGAGACCAGACCUGCUCGUGCUGACGGACGAACAGGAGGAGGAGGGAGAGCACGUUAGUGGACCACAGUCAGUGGAAGCGUGCAACGACCUGAACGGACUGGUGGAGAGAAUGGUGACGACGCUGUCGAACGGAGGAAACGUGCUCUUCCCAAUGGACGUGGACUGCACACUGGUAAACCUGCUGAUUCACCUGAACAUGAUCUGGAUGACUUCGCAACUGUCUCAGUUUAAAGUGGUGCUGGCCUCGCCAAUAGCAGACAAGAUGCUGCUGUUCAUAGGAACGUGCCUGGAGUACCUGAAGACGAACAUAUUCCACAACUUCAUCAAGACGCUCUGGAACCCGCUGAUGGACCUGAGUAAAAUAGAAAUCAUAACGUCACUGGCGCAAGUGGCGAAGUACAGGUACAGUCCGACGGUGUUCAUAUCGACGACGAGCAGCGUGGACUUCGGGUUCUCGAACUUCCUGUUCGUGGCAAUCUCGUCCUACUACAAAAACAUGGUGGUGCUGACAAGACCAAACGAGUCAGUGACAAAGUACAUCUACAGUCAGAAGUUACACGAAGGACAGCUGCCGCAAUAUAAGCUGCAAAUUAAUCUGAAGAACACGAGAGGUGAAUCAGGUAUGAACGUAGAAUAUGUGCCAAAAUAG